GAAAGAGGCUUGUCGUAUUCUUUCCUCCACAGUGUCGGGGAAACCUAAGCAUAAUUCUACUAACAGUUUUCAUAUAUUUGAGAUCGUAAGAUAUAAAGGUCAAGUCUGGAUGAUGGCAACUCCCAGCUGUCCGGCUGUUAAAACUGUUUCCUUAUUUGGUGAUUUUCUUACGCUUUCGUAAAUUUGUUUGUAGCGAAAGUGCGAUAAGUAUUCGGUUGUAUUGCUGUGGUCCGAUAUGAAACGCUGCCUAAAUUGGAAGCGGUAACUCUAAUCUAUGGUCCGCCAGUCGGCACUUUACAUUUCACCUGUUGAAUGAUAAUUUCAGUAACAAAGACCGUUUACAUUUCAGUCGUAACAAAGCGUUAAAUUUGCACUAAAGCAUUCUUCACACUUUAUCAAUCACGUCGCCAGCUUGAAAAGACAAUUGUUCAAGACUAAUGACGGAGCGCCUGCAUGGCAAAAAUGUCCUUAAAAUGUGAUAAAAUGUUUUUAGAGAGGAAUACCCAAAGAUAUGAAAUGCUCAUUGAUUUAAACGCCGCUCUUUGUUUCAUCGCGUGUUAUGAGUAAAUGUUUAAGUCCCAAGCAAGUGUCUUGAACUAGAUAACUUCUUGAAAAUAUGAAUUAUGACAAUAUCAAAUCAAACGAAAGGAAGGAGUCGUUUGUGAGAUUCUGUUUCUUUCGUUCUCGAUAACGCAGUCAUUGCUUUUUGUUCGUUACUACGAACCUCGAAGUCCAAUUGGUCAGAUUAUUCAAAACAUCCACCAGUCACUUCUUUGAUAUGAUUGGUGAAGGCGGAGACCAUAAUUUAUUCCACUUGGCGAGACAGGUGAAUUUCGGAUUACAAAAGAAAAAUUAAAAUCAACGACAGACGCCAGUUACGAUCAAACUUCCCAAAUCGUACAACAUGGAAGAAUUCAAGGCCAAAACAAGUCGAUACAGACAUGAGAUUGAUCAGGCCGAGGAACGCGAAAAAUCCGCCAUCAAAAAACUAGCGUUCGCAAAUCACGAUGCCGACGAGAAGGAAAAGGAACGGGAUGCGCUCAAGAGGAGAAAACGGCUGCUGGAACAAAAAUUGGAUGCAGUGGAAGAUCGAAUUUUCGACAAGGACAAAUUCUAUCGCGAAGAGCUUGCGAGGAAAGAGAGAGAAGAUCGACAGCGAAAGAUACUGGAUGAAUUGGAAGAGGAGGACGAACGAAAAUUUGAGAAGCUAGAAGCGGAAAUUAGGCGAUAUGAAAAAGCAGCCGAUUACAGCGAGCAUAAGUGUGCCGAGUGUCGGCGAAGGCUGCAGACUGUUACUCGUGAAACCGAACGCUUCAAAAUGCGUUUGCGAGUUGCCGUCGGAAAAGGAAGAGAGUUGGAGGAGCAGAACAAAUUCGUGGGAAGACAUUUACGAAAAUUGGAAAUUUCCGAAGAAAAACGGGGCGAUCGCGAGGAAGCUUUUGAGAAUAAAAUUCGCGAGCUCUGGCAGUUGAGGAGAGACCAGGAAAUGCGUUUCGAGACGGCGGAAAGGACGAUUGGAAGACUAGAGAGGGAAAAAAGCGCGUUGAAGGAAAAGCUUUACGAGGAAAAUCAGAAGCUCAACGACGUGAAAUCUAUGAUGGACGAGACCAUGAACGGUUUAGGCCGUUUCUGAGUUUCAGCAAACAAUGACUUGCCACAGGCCUUUUGUUUGCAUUACUAAAGAAAUGCAAAUCUGUUCAGUUCAUCGACACACGUGCCUUCCUUGGAAGUAAAAGUCUAUUGUUGGCUGACGUCACAAGUUGAAUUCUACAUAUGAUUUACCGCAAAUUGCUGGAGCAUUCUGAAAACAUAUGUAGCCAGGUAAUUUAACGAUUAGAGAAACAAUGCAGGCUGGGCAUUAUCAUUUUUUUCGUAAAACACUCAGAUGCGUUACAAAAGAAAUGUAGAAGAAAAAAUUAUGGAUAUUGAUUUUUGCAGUUCAGGUGGGAUGGUGCCAAACUAGUAUUUUGGAAGCACUGGUUAAAUCCACUUCAAAGCCUAAUUUUUUUUCAAACCUAUUCUUCAAUCUGUGUUGAUUUUUAUUGCAAUCACCUGAGAGAAUCAGUACGUAACAGUUAAAAAUAUAUUAAUGUCAUUGAAGUAGAUUUUGUGGUUGUGUCGACCAGUAUCCGGCCUUGUUUUAUUUACAUCUUAAUUUUUAUUUGAAGGUCGCACUCUCGGAAUAUACAACGCUUUUAUAUCCUAAAAGAAGGUCUCAAUGGAGUCAAUCUUUAGCUUUAAAAUGGCAAAAAUGUUUAGCUGUUACGCAUAAAAAAUUUAAACAUUUUAACACUAAGUCGUAAAAAAAAGGUUAAGCGUAAAAUAUUAAGUUUUCUUUUAAUCGCAACAGAAAGAGAUUUUAAAAGCGUUAGGUAUAAAAAGGCCAAGAUUUGACACCAUUUGCGUGAACAAAGAAAUCAGAUUUGAUCAUCUGGAGGUAAAUCCCUGGGAACAAAAAGCCUUUUGGAUUAUCACUGUCUUAGUUAAUAAAGAGUUUUCUUACAUUGAACCUUGUUCUGUUCUUUUCCCUUUAGUGCGCAUGUUAUUUUCAUGUUGUCCAAUGGUCUGUUAAGUUGUGAACAACUCGGAAUAUCAAAAUAAACUAUAUGUCUUUCUCCUAGCUAUCUGGCAGUAUGCUAUUUCGCUAUCAACACCAACAGCUUAGUAUGUGUAUGUUUCUAAAUCGUUAUUCUAAAACCUUACUGCCAGUAAGAACAUGCGUCACGGAAAAAAAAUUGAUAUUUCACAUGACUCAACCGGGAACGCGCCUACUAAAGUUUAGAUAAAAUAUGAAUGAGAUGCUUAGUCGACUAAAACUGCUUUAAGAUUCAUUUGGUUUUUCGCCAGCGUCUAGUGUUCAUUUUCUGUCAAAUCGUCAAAAUUCAAAGCUGUAUUUAAGCCGUGCACAUGUUUGUGUAAUGUCUUGUUUAAGGUUAUUGAGCCAACAUUUAAUGUUAACCGAGCAAUUUAGUCAACAAGACAAGGGGUAAUACACUAGAAUUAGUUUGAUAAUUCGGAAAAUGCUUACAGUAAAAUCUGUCAAUUGAAAAAAGGGAAAAAAGUUGUUUUGCUUACUGAAUUCCGACAUCAUAAUCAAGCUUGGCAAGUAUUUUUCAGUUCAUUUUUUUUAGGUCCUACUUACAUCUUGUAUUGUUUUAACACUUUGCAGCUGAGAGAUGACACUUUUCAAACAUUGUAGUGUCUGAUUGUAAUAUAAGAAUAAAAUGGGCUCAUUGAACUUUGUAGCAAACUUUCCCGGAAAUUCAUUUUGCAUUCAACCCUUAGUUAAGCUAACGACGACCACCAAUCAUUUCACUCCCUGCAUGGCACGUGACUUUGAUUGACAUUUAAACAACAAAGGAUUUUCCUUUCCAAGCAGAGCACAAUUUUCUGUCAAUCUUUGUGUUUGAGACGUUUUACUGCAAUUGCCAAGGAAAAACACUCGACAUUCAAAAUGGUUUUUGGAGUAAUUGGAUUUGGUCUGACAUCAACAGCAUUGUUGAUUACAUUUGGCAAAUAUUUUGCCAAGGACUGGUUUGGUUAUUUCAUGUUCGGGCUGAUAUUGUUCGAAGUGUUAAUGUUUACACUGACGAAAGGAAAGACCAUUGCACCAGAAAGGCCUCCAACAAGAACAGAGAAGACUUCUUCAAACAGACCGGCGUCCCCUCCUGCCUCACCCAAGGCUGCCUCCUCGGCGAAAGCUUCUAAUCAGUCGCCCAAAAACCAGGGCAGCAACAAGCAAGAGAAGGCAGCGGAGAAAACAGCGAGGAAAGCUCAAGCGAAGGAGGCUAAGGCCGAAGCAAAGGCGGCAGCUGCUGCUAAAUAGUUGGGUUCAUUAUUUCAUUUUUUUUUUCUUUUUCCAAGAACCAGUGGUGAAGAUAUUGGCUUUGGCAUCUAUUUGAUUGAAGGCAUCCCUCGAGAUGUGCAUAGCUGGUUGUUGGCAAAGAAAACAAAUUUAUAUCGGCAUAAGUACGUUGACUUUUCCAAUUGCCAACUGAAGAGACUCCUUUGGAAUACCAUGAUUUAUUUACAAAGUGUUUAUUGAAUAUAUAUGCGGAUCUUUUCUAGAGUUCUCUCUUUUUUCCAACUUUUUUAUUCAAAAGAUAUUAUACUAUGUGUUUAGAGCUUGA